UCAAGUUGCUUUAAAUGAGCUCGACUCCACUGCGCUCGCGAGCCGCUCUAUGCAGACACAGGCGCUCUUGACUAGACAAAGACAAUGAGCUGUCACACAUUUACAAUGAAUCCUAUGAGUUCAGUGUCAAAGAAAUGCUGAAAGGAAAGUCCAAGGAGCGAAAAAUCGGUCUGUUGUGCUGUAGGAAACCGCUGCUGGAACAAGACUACCUGUGGGCACUUUCGUGAGAGUAACAGGAGCCACCCGCGGCGUCUUCAAUCUACCGGUGAAACACACAACACACAUUUAUAUGGCAAAGUUCCUCGCCGAGCUGCUGGGAUGUACACUGCCCGAGAAAGGAGCAUCUCCAAUGUUCGAGUGCAGGAGUCAGCCGCACAUCGGACUGAGGCAUGUCACCAAACAGCAGCCUACCAUAUUUGGAACACUGAUUGAAAAACCGCUGGGGGAUCACAAUGCAGACAAAAUGCCUCAGACGCCACCCUUUCCAACAAUGUAUGGCUCUAAUGGCUACAACAAGAAUCUCUAUAAGGCAAAGGAAGAGGACUAUGAAGGCCUGUAUUACCAUGACAACAACCUGGUGUCAGGGUCCUUGGAGGCUCUAAUUGAGCACUUGGUCCCUACGGUGUCUUACUAUCCUGAUAGGACGUACAUCUUCACAUUCCUGCUCAGUUCCCGUCUCUUUAUUCACCCAUAUGAGCUGAUGUCCAAAGUGUGCCAUUUGUGUGUGGACCAGCAGAGACUCACUGAUCCUCAGGCUGACAAGGCAAGAGUCAGGAAAAUUGCUCCCAAGAUCUUGCAGUUGCUGACUGAGUGGACAGAGACAUUUCCCUAUGACUUCAGGGAUGAGAGGAUGAUGAAGAGCCUGAAGGAACUAACACAUCGUCUGAGUACUGGAGAUGAACUCUAUCGUAAGGCUGUGCAACAGAUGACCCAAACACUGAUCCGUAAGCUCACCACACUGAGUCAGUACGAGGAGGCUCUGGCCAAGAUUAACUCCUCUGUGACCGACAGACUAACAGUGCUAAAGACCAAACCUCAGUCCAUCCAGAGAGACAUUCUGACCAUCUGCAGCGACCCCUUCACCCUGGCACAGCAGCUCACACACAUUGAACUGGAAAGACUGAGCUACAUCGGCCCAGAGGAGUUCAUUCAGGCGCUUGUUCAGAAGGACCCUCUUGAUAACGACAAGAGAUGCUUUAGUGAUCACAAAAAAGCAAGUAACCUGGAGGCUUAUGUGGAGUGGUUCAACAGGCUCAGCUACCUGGUGGCGACGGAGAUCUGCAUGCCGGUAAAGAAGAAACAUCGGGCUCGAGUCAUUGAGUUCUUCAUCGACGUGGCACGAGAAUGCUUCAACAUUGGCAACUUCAACUCGCUCAUGGCCAUCAUAACUGGGAUGAAUAUGAGCCCAGUGUCGCGCCUCAAGAAGACCUGGAGCAAAGUCAAAACCGCCAAAUUUGAUAUACUGGAGCACCAGAUGGAUCCCUCUAGCAAUUUCUACAACUACAGAACAGCGCUGCGUGGAGCCACUCAGAGAUCCAUCACUGCUCACAGUAGCAGAGAGAAGAUUGUUAUCCCUUUCUUCAGUCUCUUGAUUAAAGACAUUUACUUCCUCAAUGAAGGAUGUGCCAGCAGGCUCCCGAACGGACAAGUCAAUUUUGAGAAAUUCUGGGAGCUGGCCAAACAAGUGAUGGAGUUCAUGACAUGGAAGAAGGUGGAGUGUCCUUUUGACAGAGACCGCAAGAUUCUGCAGUAUCUCCUGACCGCACCAGUCUUCAGUGAAGAUGCUUUGUAUCUGGCGUCAUAUGAGAGUGAAGGACCAGAGAACAACAUGGAGAAAGACCGAUGGAAAUCUCUCAGGUCAUCUUUGCUGAACAGGACAUAAUCCUGUGAGGAGCUCAAAAUCAAGUGAACAUUGACAAGCAGGCUGUCCCCCUUUUGCCCCCUCCAAAAGUGAGAAGUAUCCCUGUUUUUCAAGGGAGAUGACAAUCCAUAUUUUGCUGAACGGUGCAUAUUUAUGUUGGAAAGAGCAGCUUCUUUUUACAAGGCCCUUCUCUUUUUGUCUUUCAUACUGGAUAUUUCAGGCUUUUCAUCUCUUUGUGCAGACUUUUGUACUCCUUUUCCCCCCUCUUUAAAACAUGAUUUGAGCAGAAAAAAAAUGUCCCUCGACUACAAACCAAUCUGUGUUGGCGUUCUUCUCUGUUGACUUUAAGAGUUUGCUGCUGGUUGGCAAACUCCAUUGGCACAGGUUGGGAAAGGGGGGGGGGGGGAUGAUAAACCAGCAUUAUGUGUACUGGGUUCCAGUACUGUGUAUUUUUAUUGUACAUGAAGCAUUAAUUUAAGUAUAGAUUUAUGUUGUCACUAUUUUUUGAUAUUGUGUUUGUCCAUUUUUUUUAUGCAUAUGAGAUGUAAUGCAUUGCUUUAACCUCUGUGAGUGAACACUGAUGUGUGUGUGAUAAACCCCCUGAGGGUUGCCGGAUGCACUGGAUGCUACUAUGAAUAAAGAUGUCAAUUCCUUUCCCUUGUAAGCUCUUUUGUGGUAAUUCUGCAGCAUUAAGCUCCCCCAUCCCUUUUUUGUGUCAAGGCUUUGCUGUAGACAUAUAUUGACUGUUGAUGGAAAGACAGUGUUCGUUUGUCAGUGUUACAGUUGUAAUGCUGUUUCUUACACAGUGGAGGUGAUAUUUAUAGAAGGACCGCUCACUGUGUGUCAGACAAUUCUCCCAAGUGCUGCUGUACAGGCACACUCUUGGCCACAGCCAGUGGUGAAUGGUGUUAUGUCGCCCUCUGGUGGUGGAAGGGAAAAUACACCACGUUCUAGAGGGACAGUGUUGUUCUCAUCAGGGAGGAGCUGAUUACAUGAAGGCUUAUCAUACCUGUGGUAGUUGCGAUUUGAGUCCAUUUGUAGGAUGUAUUAGAUUUUAUUACUGUUAUUUUAUUAAUGUUUUCUAUUUUCCUUUGAUUUUAUUUAUUGGCCUCAAAAGUUUCUGUAGCUGUCCUGUUUUUGUCUGCAUCGUUUUCAAAUAUUUUAAAGAUAUUUACAGGCUUUAUUAUAUUCUGUUAUUUUGUACUAGGUACAUGUUUUAUAGUAAUUAGAUAUUGCUCUAUCUAAUAUUUUAUAAUGUUUUUAAAAGUUUGUAUGCGGAAAAACUAAUAUUUGAAGGUACUAGCACAUAAUAUGAAGUUAAUGUAUGUCAGUCUACCCUUUUUCCUUAUUGGAAACUUUUCACAAAUGCAUACAUUCUUUUCUAUGUAAAUAUCAUGUCUUUUUCUCCACUCCGUGUAUUGGUGUGUGUUUUGAUUGUUGGGGCAGAUUAUAGAACCUCAUGAAUAGUGGUGUGGAGUGAACAGGGAAAAAAAGAGGAAUUAAAGAAUGCCAAUAAAAUGAA